AUGGAGGGUUUCGGGGAGGAGAAUCAGUAUGGUGAUAAUGGAUUCGAUGAGGUUGAGGAGGAGGUUGAAGAGGAAGUGGAGGAGGAGGUUGAAGAGGAGGAGGAGGAGGAGGAAGGAGGAGGAGUGGGAAGAGGGGAUGAAGGAGAAGGGGGCGGAGAAGAUCGCGGAGUUGGGGUAGAUAACGGAGGGAGUGGAGGUGGUGAGGAAGCGAAGGCUUCCACUGGUGAUUCCUCUUCUUCGGGGAAAAUCUUCGUUGGAGGGGUUGCUUGGGAGACCACUGAAGCUACCUUCAGGAAGCAUUUUGAGAUAUAUGGUGCUAUAAGUGAUUCUGUGAUUAUGAAGGACAAACACACGCAGAUGCCUCGAGGAUUCGGGUUUGUUACGUUUUCUGAUCCAUCUGUUAUUGACAAAGUUUUGGAGGAUGAGCAUGUUAUAGAUGGUAGAACGGUGGAAGUUAAGAGGACAGUUCCUAGAGAAGACAUCUCAACAAAAGGAGGCCCUAAGACAAGAAAGAUCUUUGUCGGUGGGAUACCCCCAUCAUUUACGGAAGAUGAGUUGAAGGAACAUUUUGAGGCCUAUGGGAAGGUAGUUGAGCACAUGAUAAUGCUUGACCAUGGAACUGGACGUUCACGGGGCUUUGGCUUUGUCACUUUUGAAAGCGAAGAGGCUGUCGAGAAAGUCAUUUCUGAAGGUCGGAUGCAUAGUCUUGGAGGGAAGCAGGUUGAAAUAAAAAAGGCCGAACCGAAGAAUGCUGGCGGGAACCCUAGUUACAGCGGAAGGGGUAGUCAUGCAACUGGUUACUCACGUGGUGGUGGUGGUUCUCAUCGCGGUAGUGCUUAUGGGUAUGGAGGAGGAGGAGGAGGAGGAGGAGGAGGAGGUGGUGGUGGUGGUGGUUACCGAUCCAGCGGAGUCUAUUAUGGCGCAAAUCCCACCUAUGGAUAUGGCAGAAACUACGGAUAUGGUGGGGCUGCUGGCUUUGGCACAGGCUUUGGUGCGGGUUUUGGUGGUGGGCCCAUGUAUGGUGGUGGAGGAUAUGGUGGAUACAGUGGCGGUUAUCCUUAUGGCUAUGGUGGAGCAUAUGGUGGAUAUGGUGGUGGCGGUAGUGGUGGGGCUGGCGGCGGUGGCGGCGGUACUGGCGGAGCCGGACGGAGCCACGGGAACAGAUACCACCCGUAUGGAAAGUGAAUAUAAUAGUGCAAUCUUCUUAGAGGAUUCUACUAAUCAAUGUCCAUUCUUCUGAUGAAUUAGGUUUUAGCUAUAUUUGUCUAAAUACAGCUAAAUCUCAUCAGAGAACACUUUUUUAAGGGAUUGGAAGAGCCUUUCAGAAAUUGUAUGUUUGCCAAUAGCAUCAUCUCUAGCUUCAUGACUAAAACUUGAAUCUUUUGUAUUCGUUGUCCCACACAGUGAUCCCUAGCUCCGUGUUACAAUUUAACUAUGACCAUAUUUAGUUGUGCUUUUUGUUUGUAAUUUCGACGGUAGCUGUUGUGCAUCGGACUAAAUUAUUCGUAGGUAGAAAUUUUAUUGGUGUAGUAGAACCAUACGUUGUUAAUGCCUCUACAUUACUGUUACUAUUAUUAUUAUUAUUAUGCCCACUAAUGAGGAUAGGAAAAUGGCGCCCUGGAUAUCUUUUUAUGUUUUAAUGUUAAUAAUGGGUUUUAAUUUUCUUA